CUCUCCUUUAAAAUUUCCAUGUAUGAUGAAAUAGUCAUGCUAACAGUGGUGUCGGUGGCCUCCCAGCCUCCCAACUCCCCCCAGAAGACGGUGGGCGUCCCACUGAAUGUAGCGUUAGGACAGCAGAUCCUCACAGUGCAACAGUCAGCGCCCUCCUCCCCUGGGAAGGCUAUAGUCAACCACACAACUGCCCAGGCUGUGAAAUCAGCAGUGCAGACCAUUACUGUAGGAGGAGUGGGUACAUCUCAAUUUAAGACAAUUAUUCCCUUGGCAACUGCACCCAAUGUUCAGCAGAUUCAGGUACCUGGAAGCAAGUUCCAUUAUGUCAGACUCGUUACUGCCACAACAGCCAAUAGUUCAACCCAAUCGGCCAGUCAAAAUCCCAGUACGAAUACACAGCCUCUUCAACAGGCGAAGCCAGUGGUGGUGAACGCGACCCCAGUGCGGAUGUCUGUUCCCAUAGUGCCAGCACAGACUGUGAAACAGGUGGUGCCCAAACCAAUCAACCCAACUUCCCAGAUAGUUACUACUAGUCAGCCCCAGCAAAGACUUAUUAUGCCAGCCACUCCACUGCCACAGAUACAGCCCAACCUCACCAACCUCCCACCAGGAACUGUACUGGCACCAGCACCUGGCACAGGAAAUGUCGGGUAUGCAGUCCUUCCAGCUCAGUAUGUCACACAGCUACAGCAAUCAUCAUAUGUAUCUAUAGCAAGCAACACUGGCUUUACAGGGACAUCUAGUAUCCAGUCCCAAGCACGGCUGCCAUUCAACGGAAUAAUUCCUUCUGAAUCUGCAAACCGCCCCAGGAAGCCUUGCAAUUGUACUAAGUCUCUAUGUUUGAAAUUGUAUUGUGAUUGUUUUGCAAAUGGUGAAUUCUGCAAUAACUGCAACUGUACAAAUUGUUAUAACAACCUGGACCAUGAAAACGAUAGGCAAAAAGCAAUAAAGGCCUGCCUUGACAGAAACCCUGAAGCCUUCAAGCCCAAAAUAGGGAAAGGAAAGGAAGGAGAAUCAGAUCGGAGACACAGCAAAGGGUGUAACUGUAAACGCUCGGGAUGUCUCAAAAACUACUGUGAAUGUUAUGAGGCAAAAAUCAUGUGUUCUUCCAUAUGCAAAUGCAUUGGCUGUAAAAAUUUUGAAGAAAGCCCAGAGCGAAAGACAUUGAUGCAUUUAGCAGAUGCUGCAGAAGUUAGAGUCCAGCAGCAGACCGCUGCAAAGACCAAGUUAUCUUCCCAGAUCUCAGAUCUGCUGACAAGGCCAACACCAGCACUCAGCAGUGGUGGUGGGAAGCUGCCCUUUACAUUUGUAACCAAGGAGGUAGCUGAUGCAACCUGCGAAUGCCUUCUCGCACAGGCAGAGCAAGCGGAGAAGAUGGGCAAGUCAAAAGCUGCAGCAGAGCGCAUGAUCCUGGAGGAGUUCGGACGCUGUUUGAUGAGAGUUAUUAACUCUGCAGGGAAGUCCAAAAGUGACCCUUGUGCCAUGAACUGCUGACUCAUGCACAUGAGCCACAAUGAAGCGGACUGAACAGAACACUUAAGGCACAGGGACACUUUUGUUUGGCAUAGAGGAUUUAAUAUUUGUUAAUUUGGUGCUUGUUGUAAAUUGACCUGCAUAAGAUUGAAACAAGAAAAUCUUUUGUAACGAGA